CGCCUAGCGACUUUUAGAACACUGAUUUUUAGUCACACAUCUGCUGCCAUUUUCUAGCUCACUUUCGUCAACUGCAAGAGAAAUCCACUCCAAUGGCGUCCAAUGAUCAUCACGCACACGACCACGAACACCACCAUCAUCAUCCUCAUGAGGAAUCGUGGGUCGGGCCAGAUGGGAAAAUUUACCAUAGCCACGAUGGGCUGGCGCCACACUCGCACGAGCCCAUUUACUCUCCGGGCUUCUUCAGCAGAAGGGCGCCUCCGCUUGUGAACAGGGACUUUAAGGAAAGAGCUUUUACAGUUGGUAUUGGCGGCCCUGUUGGGACUGGAAAAACAGCUCUGAUGUUAGCUUUGUGUGAAAUGCUGAGAGACCAGUAUAGUCUUGCUGCUGUGACAAACGAUAUAUUCACGAAAGAAGAUGGGGAGUUCUUGGUAAAGCAUGGGGCACUUCCGGAAGAAAGGAUUCGUGCUGUUGAAACGGGUGGCUGCCCUCACGCGGCCAUUCGGGAAGAUAUCAGCAUCAAUCUCGGGCCUCUUGAGGAGCUUUCCAAUUUGUACAAAGCUGAUAUUCUUCUUUGUGAAUCUGGCGGAGACAAUCUGGCUGCCAACUUCAGCAGAGAACUCGCCGAUUACAUAAUUUAUAUAAUCGAUGUAUCGGGUGGUGACAAAAUCCCUCGAAAAGGGGGACCUGGCAUCACUCAAGCUGAUCUCCUCGUGAUAAACAAAACAGACAUUGCAGCUGCCGUUGGAGCUGAUUUGUCUGUAAUGGAACGAGAUGCCCUCCGCAUGAGGGAUGGCGGUCCCUUUGUUUUCGCUCAGGUGAAACACGGUGUUGGAGUGAAGCAAAUUGUGGACCAUGUUUUGGGGUCAUGGGAAGCUGCAACAGGGAACAAGCGUCACUAAUUUGAUCCCCUUCGUUUUGAGUCUUGCUUGUAUUUGUACUCUUCUAAGACAUUUUUGCGCGUACAACUCGAUGUUAAAUUUUUUCUUCAAGAAUUGCAAUGUCAUUUUCACUAUAAAUCUUUUGCUUCAGAUUUGUAUUUUCGUAUACUAUUGUCACAUUGUGUUCUUGAAGAUCGCUAUCUAUGCAUGUGGGCCAAUGUGAUCCUCUAUCGAUGUUCAUUGACAAGACAAUAGCUCAAACAUGAAUGCUGGCUACGCAUAGGGGUUUUUUAUGUAAUUUUUUCAAUUUUUAUUUUAGCUCGGUUCGUUGAUAUUGGUG